UGAAACUGUUGAUAUUUUCAUCAUAAUAAUGUAUUGUCAUUUUAGUACGUCCAAAAAAUGUUAACCAUAAUAAAACUGUCUAUACAUUUCACUCGUGUACACACGUUUUUGUAAGCUUCUCAGACUUCCCAGACCAACGUCAUAAUAUACCCACUACCUUUGCCGUCUCAAGAUUGUAGCCCGUCCGAACCGUCAAACGAUACCUACAACUGAAUGAUGGACGAUCAAAUUUCCGAUUCGUCUGACGAAUACAGUCCUAAUGAUAAUAAAGAAACAUUAAUUGUAAAUGGACUUUUUGGAAUCGCUGAUGAAGAAAAUAAUGUUGAGAAUACUACUGCCUCUCCAGAAUUUAGUAAUGAUAUUAAUAUGGAAGCAGAAGUAGUUGAUACAAUAAUGGACAAACUUUGUAAUGAAAAUGAUCUACAUAUUAUAAAAACCACAGAUAAAAAGAAUUGUGAUGAUACAAAUGGUGAUAGUGUCCAGAAAGCUGAGAGUAAUUGUUUUGGUAGUCAUAUGUUAUGUUCAAAGUCAACUGAUUUGGAUCAUACAGAAUUAUCACCCUCAUUUGCUACAAUAUCUAAAAAUUAUGAAAAAUCAAAGGAAUGUGAUGCUUCAAAAAACUCAGUUACAACACAGGAAAAUUCAAAAAAAUGCGAUAUAUUGCCUGAAUCAGAUUCUAAGGCUGUUGUCGUAUUAUCUAAAGACAAUUUACCAUCAACACUCUCCUUAAUUUCUACAAAUUACCAAGAUUCUAGCUCUGAUGACAGUGAUACUAGUGAUGAUGAUAAUUCUAAUGAUAAUGAUCAAUUGAUUGAUUCUGAUAAUGAAAACAGCAUUAUUUCUGUAUCAUCUAAUACGUUUUUAAAAGAUAAUUAUGUUAAGACCAAAGGAGAAUUAGAUAUUAGUGAUUUACCACCCAUUGAAGAUUUAAAAAUAUCAGUUGAUGAAGCUAAAUGUCAACCAGUUGGAUGUAUAAAAAGCGUUGUUGAUACUUUAGUUAUUGUUGAAGCAUUUUUAAAUCAACCUGCAUUGGACAUUGACUCUGUAUUAUUUGUGGAUCGAGGAAAAAGAGCUUUAGGACGAAUAUUUGAUGUAUUUGGAUCUGUCACUAAGCCUUUCUAUGCUGUCCGAUUCAACGACUCUAACCAUAUAAAGACAUUUGAUAUACAAAUUAAGGAACCUGUAUACUGCGCUCCUCAGACAGAAUAUGCAAGCUAUGUUAUGGUGUCUCAGCUCAUGCAAAUGAAAGGAAGCGAUGCUUCGUGGAGAGACAAUAAUGAACCACCUUGUGAGUUUUUAGAUUAUUCUGAUGAUGAAGCAGAAAAGUUGGCUAAGAAAAAUCGUAGACAGAAAAAAUGUACACAACCUUCAGGAGAAGACAAUAAAGAUAAAUCUCCUGAUCCUCCCAGUCGAAAGGUUUUAAGGAAUAAUCCCACACCGAGAAGUAUAACACCACGUCCUUCAUUUCAAAAUUCCAACAAUCGGACACAACAAACAUACAACCCUUGUCCUCCCAAUUAUAGUUACGGUCCUAGACAAUUCCCGACUUAUGCUCAGCAGUUAAGUUCAAUGGAAUUUAGUCAAGCGUAUCGCCAACCAUAUAAUCCAUGGUAUUAUGAUCCAACGUAUGCACCAAGACAUGACUAUCCACAUCGUCCUCCUUAUAUGCCACCAGUAUAUGAUUAUCGAUCUCAACCACCAAUGGAUCCGAAUAAUCCAAAUAAUCGAUUUUACUAUCCUGACCGUUAUAAUUAAAAUCCUUCUAUUAUUAUGAUAACAAUUUUUUUUAUUGUGUACCUUGUUUUUGUAUUUCAUUUUUUAUAAUGCUAUUGAUGUAUGAUCAAUUAUAAAAAUUAUUUUGAUAUUUUAAGCCAUACUAAGAUACUUGGUCAUUUUUUGUUUUUGACGGGUACUGUUCGUUGUCUAAGCUUAGUAUAUUUAAGUAAAGUUUGAAAUGCAAAAAUGUAUUUUGCAAUAAAAAUAAUUUUUUUUAAUGCAAUA